AUGGAAGCUCAAGCACCAGUCAAUGGCGGAUCCGUACAGAUCCGGACGGAGGACGCCUCACGAAAGCUUCCGAAUUUCUUACAGAGCGUCAACAUGAAAUACGUCAAGCUCGGCUACCAUUACCUCAUCACCCAUCUCUUCAAGCUCUGUUUAA